CCUCAAUUGCAUCACUCUCUUCAUCCAACUAAAAUUCGUUACACUCUCAAAUCCCAACUCGAUCUUACAAACUCGUCAAAAAAUGGUCAAGAAAUCGCCGGAGUACCAACCAAACGAUAGUAGUAACAUAAACUCGAUCAAAUAUAAGGGUGUACGCAAGAGGAAGUGGGGUAAAUGGGUGUCCGAAAUCCGUCUCCCUAACAGUCGGGAGAGGAUUUGGCUGGGGUCGUAUGACACAGCUGAGAAGGCAGCACGUGCAUUUGACGCGGCACAAUUUUGUUUACGUGGCAAGUCCGCUAACUUUAAUUUUCCUGAGAAUCCACCUGAUAUUGCUGGAGGGCGGUCAAUGACUCCGUCUGAGAUCCAAGUUGCGGCCUCUAGGUUCGCUUAUAACUCGACAAACGAGGAUGAUCGAGGUGGAUUAGAGGAGAAUCCGAUGAUUGAAGAGUCGGGUGAGGCGUUGUCAUACUCACCAUCUAUGUCGGACGGAACAACAACAACAACAACAACAACAACUACUCAAAUGGAUAGUUAUACAUACACGAGUAGUUUUGAGGUGGCAGGGGUAGAAGCGUCGUUUCAAGAUCAGUUAAGUUUGAGUAACGCACUCGGGUCGGGUAAUUACGUGUCGGAUUUCGGAUAUUUAACCGGAUUUGAUGAUUUUACCGGGGGUGAUUUUUUUGCAACGCAACAUCAGUCAAAUAAUAAUUUUGAUUACGUUAGUCAAGAGGCCGAGAACACUUAUGAUGCUUCACUUUACCAAGACUCUUACCUUUGGAACUUCUAAAGAUAUCAGAGCAAAGUUAAUUGAACAUACGAGUAGUAAAUUACAGAGGGAGUAGUAAACAGAGUAAAGAUGUGGGAAUUUGGAAUCAUUUUUUUUCAAGUUUCAAAUUCUGAUAAUCGGUCCAUUAUUAUUAGAUUAAUUACUUGGACAAAUAAGUAACUUUUUAGGACACAAAAUGUAAUACAAGUAUGAGAUUUUUAGCAUUUUGUUGACCUUCUCAAUCUUUUUUUUUUUUUUUUUUCUUUUUUAGAGUUUCCAUAUUUGGAAUUUUUUGUGAGGCAAUGGCUUCAUUAACAUACCAAUUACAAACAUCCAAAUUUUAUUUCCUAAUUUAUAAUUGAUUAUGUAAUUAUA